AUGGAUGACUGGACCUCCACCACCAAGAUCGGCAGCAAGCACCGUGGCGCCGGUAUGGCCCCCCGCGAGACUGUCGUUAAGGGCAAGAGUGCCCUGAACGCCGCUCAGCGCCAGGGUGGUAUUCUCGCCACCGAGAAGAAGUACACCACUGGUAAUAUCUCUGCUAAGUCUGGUGCCCCCGAAGGCCAGCACCUCACAAAGGUCGACCGCAGCGACGACAUCAUCAAGCCCAAGACCGUUGGCCUCGAUGUCGCAGAUGCUAUCAAGAAGCGCCGUACCGACGAGGGUUACAAGAUGACACAGAAGGAGCUCGCCACCAAGUGCAACACCACCGUCACCGUCAUUCAGGACUUCGAGCGUGGAUCCGCCGCCCCGGAUCAGAAGGUUCUCUCUGCCAUGGAGCGCGUGCUUAACGUUAAGCUCCGUGGUAGUGACAUCGGUAAAGAAAAGUUCCCCAAGAAGAAAUAA